AUGGAGCCGGAGACAAAGAAAGUGAAACUUGACGAUGAUCCGGAGCCGACUGGUUGGUUCGAUAUGCCAUAUGAGAUGAGAGAAAUUGUGAUAAAUCAUAUGAGUUUGCAAGCAAAAGGAAUGUUCGCACAAAUUUCACAACAAUGUUUGGAAGAAGUUCAAUUAUCGAACAAUCUCAAUGCUUUUUGCUUGGAAAUAGAGGAUAUAGGUAGUAAAAAAUACGAUAAUAUAUGUAUUGAUAUAACUACUGAUGAUAAUUCUCUCGAACUUUUCACAGUUUGUAACACAUCGAUGGCGCCGGAAUAUGAGAAGACAUUGGCGAAUUUUCGAAUUGCAGGAAAAGUGUUUGGAGUGGAUUCAAGGGAAAAAAUGAGAGAAUUUAUACUGCAAAAUUUUCGUGGUUUAUGGAUGAUUUUGAAGAGUAGCUUGAGACAAUUGAUGAUUGAAAUGGUGAGUGAGAAAACAAAAAGAUUUCAAAAGUUUAACUAAAUAUUAUUUAGGAUGAUUUUCCUUACGAUCAAAUGAAACUUGGAAAUUUGAACGGUUUGGACACAAUCCACCUUUCCGCGAAUACAAAAAACAAUCAAAUUGAUCCGAUUCGCUCAGGUUUCAUCGAUAUCGAGCAACUUCGCCUUGUUAAAUUAAAAAUAUUCCUCCCAAGUCCUACAAUUGAUCAAAUAUUUCAAUUGACGGCUGAAUCUAUUGAAGUUGGUUAUGACGGUGGUGAACUUUAUGAUCUUGAUCAAAUUAUUGAUCGAAUUAUUAAUGAGGAGCUUGAUGAAAAUGUCAGUUAUAUCACAAUUAGACCAAAACAGUGUGUUGACAAGAUUUCGGGAAUUUGUGCAAAAAAGACAAUUUGGUGGGUUUAGUAAAAGACUUCUUCUUGACAUUUUCUGUUUUCAGGAGUUCUACCGAGAUGUUUUUGGUGAAAAGAAUGGAUAAAGCGGUGAAAAUCACUGAUUUCCCAUUUGGACUCGAAAUUCAAACCGAAGUUUGGACUGGGAUCGAUGAACGCAACAUUUGGCCCAUUUCAUAA